AAAAAGAAAUUAAGAAGCCUUUGAUGGUUUGGUCCCCUCAAUAUUUUAUACAUGUGGACUUAUAGAGAAAAGCCCACUAUCACAAUUUAAAAUUUUGAAAAUCAAAUCCUUUUCCCUCUUCUAGUCUUCUAUAUGAGGAAUGCCCACCAGGUGUUUGUGAAAAUGCCUGAGAGAGACUCAGUGGCCUCCACACCCCAACAAUCCUCAAUUCUGCGAAGAUCUCCCAGAUUUCUUCACCCCAAGACCACUCCAGAACCACAGAAACUCGCCACACCUCGCCGGAAGCCUCAGAGAAAGACCGCUGCAGAAUCCGAAAACCAGAAAACCCCCAAAUCCAAAUUCAGAAGGAACGGGGCAAAAGCUUUGGAUUGUAGACUUCUUGAGAAGAGUAACAGUCCAGAACCGGAGCAAACGGCCACGAGUCUCCGAAAGUCGCAGCGGCUUGUGGAAUUGAAAGAGAGAUCUGGGCAGUUGGAAAACCCUAAAACCCCCAAAUUUAAAUCUAGAAGCGACAAUGUGGUACGCUCUUUGAAUCUUUCGAUUGGCUCGAAGAAAUUGAGUAAAGCCAAUGCUGGGUCGAGAGAAUCUAAGGUUUUGAAUCAGGAGGUGGUCGUGGAUGAAGCUGAGGAUUCCUCCCCAGAGAGAGUCUCAAAGAACUUGGGGGAAUCUCAUUAUGGGUCUCGUAAUUGCGAGAAAUCGAGUUCUGGGUCAAGAAAAGCUCCAAGAUUGAACAAUGUCAGUGAUGGGUUUCAGACUCCUAGACGAUCUUCGAGGUUGGGUGGUAAGCAGAAUGUGGUUGACAAACAAACUGAUAAGGCAACUAGUGGUAGAUCUAAGAGUAAGUCCAAAAUUUCUUUGGAUAAAGAGAAGGUCUCAGGUGUUCGGAAAGAUGGAGCUUGUGUGAAUUCAGGCGAAAUUGUUUUGGAAAAGAGCAAAAGGGUGAGUAAGAAAAGUUCAGUCGGUGGUGUUGAAACAGUUAGUGUGGAAGGUGGAGAGGGCAAAGCUCAAGAGUUAGAUUGUGGAGAUAAAAAAGUUGCGGUUAGGAGGAAGAGAAAGAGAGGUGGAGAAGAUGUCAAGGUCGCCAAAGGUUGGACAAAGGAACAAGAAUUGGCCUUGCAGAGAGCUUAUUUGCUAGCAAAGCCGACGCCUGGUUUCUGGAAGCAGGUUUCUAAACUGGUUCCCGGAAAGUCUGCACAGGAUUGCUUUGAUAGGAUACAUUCUGACCAUAUAACCCCACCCCAACCUCGUCCUCGGUCGAGGGCAAAGAUUACUACAAAUUCAUCCCCCCUUGGAGGAUUUUCACUCUCUGCAAGUAGACUGCUUAAUCCUGUUGAGUCAAAGGCUAAAAGACAUGGCUGCAGUAAACAGAGAAGCCAUCUUGCGCAGAAAGCUGUCAGAGCAUUAUUACACAAGCAUUAUCAAGUGCACCAAGAGUUUGAGGCAGAUCUAUUUUCAGUACUUGAGCCAAGUGUAGGUCCAUCUACUGAGACUUCUCAGCCUAGUGUUGUACCUUCUACUCCAACAAAUUCACAGGUAAAGCAGGGAUUCCUUCACAAGAGCAGUCAAAUAUCAUCUGCGGGUCAUAAGAAGCCCCUCUCAAGGUUUAGUAACUCAUCUGAGACAUCUCUUGUUAGUCCUCCGGUAUUAAAGCAGGUCAAGAACAAGGUCUUGCAUGAGAAAUAUAUUGACCAAUUGCAUAUCAGGGAAGCUAAGAGAAAAGCAUUAGCUAAAAACACUAAAAAAUCCACUGGUGGAAUCGAUGAAACACAAAAGAGUCAUAUUCAGGAGGUGGAUCUGAGAACUGCAAAAAUUGCCCUGGUUUCUGAUGCAAGAGAUGCUAUAAAUAAGCUCAAACAUCUGCAGGAAAACUCCUCGGAGUCGGAUGAUGAUGGAAUUGCAAGGGAUGAUGAGGAAGAUGAAGAUGAGACUUUGUAGUGUUAUCCUCUCCUUUUCUUACACAUGUAUGACAUUAACCAACAUGUAGAAUUUGUAUCCCUGUAAUUGAAGUUGCUUUCCUAGCUCCUGACUUUUGACCCUGUCUUAUUUGUGUCAUCAUCCAAACGGAUAAAAUGAAAAUAGAGGUUGUAGCUUUAAA